AUGACAACCGAGGUUCAAGGUCUCACCAUGCUGCAAGUUAAUGGAGGGGCGAACGCAGAAAAAAAUUCGCAGCUAGCCAAUGGGUCAUCAAAGAUGGUCAGUCAGAAGCGUGGAAAAGAGAACAGCGAAUCAGUGGCAGUGACUAAGGCGCCGGAGCUUCCGCACGUGGAGGUCAACCAACUUCCGCUGGCGCUGCUGAUCCGGAAUCUCACCGUAUUCGCGGUUAAAGAGCUGGUGCAAUUCUUGAAGACCAGCGUACACGAGGGUCAGGAUAGCAGUGCCAAGAAGACAACCUUUUUGCAACUAGUGGUGUUUCUGAGAAACCAGUUUCUCAAGAUUUAUGUGCUUGUGAAAUGGUGCAGGACGAUCAAGAAUAACAAUUUUAGCACAAUGAUCGACCUGUUGAACUGGUUCCGUAAUUCUAACAUGGCCGUCAACAACUGCAUAUGGGCCCUGAAAAGCAGCCAGGCAGGAAUGACCAAUGCAAAACUGCCCAACCCAGAUCUGAUAACGGCCCUGGAGGUUCUCAGCCUGGGGAGGCCCAACCUGCCGACGCACAAUUUCAGGCUCAGUGGUGAGGAUACGAACUCUAACCCCGAGACAGGCGCGGCAGCUAUUCCUGCAAAGCUAAUCCUAAAGAAGUUGAAAGACAUGAACAUCAUAAUGUCAGUCAAAGUAUCGCUCAUGGAGGUCCCAGAGCAGUUUAGCCAUUAUUCCGUCCGAGACGGAAGACUGUCGAUCCGCGUUGAAAACGAGUUUGAGAUCCAACUUUCGACGACUAAUCAACGGUCACCUCUUUUCUUUGUUGACCUCCGGCUACUGUUCAAUGAGUUCUUGCCUCUUAACAAAUACAAGCUGGAAAAAGUCAUCAACGAGCUACUAUACAAGAGCCCACGGCCCCUAUUUUCCCUAUACAAGUUGUUGCACAAUUACGUUCUUUCGACUCAAAUGUACAUGUUGCACGCCGAACUGCUUGAUUUGGAGUCUAAUGGCAAAUACUCCGGUGGAAACUUGUUACAUCACUAUGACCCACGGAAGAACCGUAUUGGUCUGAAGUACUGGUUGCAUAGCAGAUUGAGCGGCAAAUGUAACGCUACCAUCGGAAUAGAGAGACAAACGGGUAACAUAAUUUUAAGGUGGGACAUAGAAGGCGGGUUUGACAGGCAAAUUGACGUACCAGUCCGUUAUACCAAUGUUCUUAACAACUUGGGUGUCAUCCUGGAUGAAAUCAUGUUCAAUCAUUCGCAGAUGAUCAAGACAGAGCUUUUGUCCACUGGAGUUCUACAAGAGGACGAGGAGACAUCCGAUGCAUUGCUAUUCAAUGUGCCGACAACACCAGCGUCCGUGAUGCCCAUUCAACUCAAGAUCAAUCCUACGAGUGGUGUGUUCUACGUGAGAAAUCCAAGCGGACUGCUAACGUACUACAUCAACCAAAUCAAUGCUACUAGCACAACAGAAGAUUUUAUCAAAAUUCUCAGCAGACUAAAGCUAGACAAGACUAUCCUGGUUCUAAGAAACAUGUUCGAAAAGGUUGGUUGGGUUUGUAACAAUGUGAUCCAGCUCGGCGGACCGGUGUCAAAAGACGCUAGUAGGGCUCAAAAGAAGAUUUUGUCCCGCGACAUUUUCAUACGACUGGACAAUUGGCCUGCAAACUGGUACUUGAUCCUCAGUGUGGUUUCGUCGAAUACUGCUUGCGUCAUUGAGAAGCGGAUUGGUAAGAUUACGGCAUCCAAGGGGAGCUGGGAGUUGAAGUACCUCGAUACCGAAAAUUUGAUGAUACUGAAACUUGAGUCUAUGACAUAUCAGAAGAUCAUUUAUCUGAAGAAGACCUGCCUGCAUAAGAUUAUCGAUCAUAUGAUAAUCGAUUCUCUCAACGAGCUACACAUGCGCAACAAAAUCUGCGCGGGCGAUAAUCUUGCGGCCUUGCCUGACUACAUGUUACAGGACAACAAGACACACCAUUUGUCGAUUAUCGGCAUUGAACUCGAGUCGUUCCUGGGUGGUUCCAACGCGCUGAGCCAUAUCCUAGAAAAAACCAUGUUUCUGAGAAUUGACUACCAUGAGUCCACGAUCAAGCUCUUUGGGAAGUUCAAGCAUGACAGCAAGGUGAUAGGAUACCAGUACAACGAUAUGUUAAUCCAGUUCACCGGCAAAGGCGCGCUCUCUUUUUUCAUGUCGGAGGAAUUCACCGACCUCAACAACAUUGUGCAGUACUUUCAGGUGUUCAAGCAGAAGCUGAUGCAGAUUGUGAUUCUCACAGACGUCAUAGAGAGGCUGCAUGAGUUUUACUCGGAAAACUUUAGCAUUGUGGCACUCAAGCCCAACGAGAUCGCGUUUAAGUACCUGAAGAACAGCAAAGACGCGCACGACUGCAUGACCAACAUAGUUACAAGUGACCACAGCGUUGAGAACCUGAAGAUCAACCUCUCUCCGUCGAACCCACAGCACAUUGUUCAGCCGUUCAUCGAGGCCGGCAAGCAGGACUACCACUUCAUCUUCAAUUACCUCCGGUUCACGUCGGGCUUCUUUGGCGUUCUGGAAUCCAUCCUGACAGACCCGCCCACCAAGGACCACGCGCAGAACCAGGGCCAGAACCAAAACGGCUACACUACUGUGUCUCUCCAACUGCAUAACCUCUCGGAGUACGAGCUAAUAUACUACAACCCGGAGACCAACACUAAAAUCACCCUAAUGAUAGAGCUGCGCAACGUGUUCCUCAACGGCACCAAGAAGCUCCGCUACUUUGUGCACUUUUCUGAGGACGAGCACAUUUCCACCAAAAGCCCAGCCUACCCGCUAGUGCACCAGGUCCGCAACACCAUUUUUAUGGUGGACACAGCCUCGCUGUCGGGUGGUCCUGCAGGAUCGCCCAAGAAGCCAAAGUAUCCAUCUGCCGUCCGUCUUACCGACGGUGUGUGCUGCGACGCCGUGGACAUCGAAUCCAUUAUCAGAAGCAUCAACGACAUCCUCAAAAUUGACUGUAUGUAG